AUGUCUAUUGAAUAUCUUCCUAGGCCAGUUGGCAUCAACCCAAACCCAAAUACCCCUCUAAUAGCCAUCUGGUUUCCCUGUCUGAUAUGCUCCUUUCUCUUUUUGUCGUAUCAAGGUGCCCUGUAUCCCUGCAAUGCUAAGGCGGUUUCUACUUAUAUUCUUGCAGCAUAUGGUUUAACAUCAGCUGCUGCAGGAUAUGUGGCCACAGCAUUUCACGGUGAUUUUUCUCCGAUUGGAUGGAAAGCAUGUAUUUUCCAGACUGGGGCACUUUACUCUCUUCCAUCAACCUUAACGUUUCUUCUCCUGUACACAUUGGAAGGCAACACUUCCGGAUUUCCUGAUUUGUUAUAUCCAGGUGCAAGAAACUUCCUUCUCCAAAGUGUACUCUUCGCUAUAACUCAACUGGGUACGGGUGGCAUAAUAGGGCAUUUUGUAACACCUAGAGUCGAUCAACCACCCUGCGCAAUCACUCGAUCUCAGAGGCAUAUUUCUGGACAGCCUUGGUACUCAAGGACAACAGCUCAGAUGUUCUUCGGGGGCCUUCUACCAUUCACUGCAAUCUUUUGGAUGAUGGAUGACAUAUACGCAAGCUUGUGGAACAUAAAAGUCUGUGGUGCAUUUAGCACGAUGAUAUCCGCUUUCGUUGUGGUCGUUUCACUCACUGUCCUUUUUGCGAUGGCUUUUACUCGCUAUCAGCUGUCUAAGCAAGAUCAUGAUUGGAGGUGGAGAUCCUUGUUACGUGGAGGGUCACCGGCCAUCUUCAUGUUUGUGUAUGGAAUAUAUUUCCAUGCCAGAAUCAGUGGCGACGAUUUCAUGAACAUGGUAUUCGUUAUGGGCUACAAUGCCUGUAUAUUCUAUGCUUUCUUCCUGGUACUGGGAACCAUAGGUUACUUUGCCUCGUCAGUUGUGUUCCAACAUAUGUACCGGGACCAGCAGAAGAACGACUGA